AUGUUCAAUGCGUGAAAACAUAAUGUAGUCCGGACGGUGCCUUAACGAAAGCGGACUCUCCCGGUUGUGGGUAGGGUUUCAGUGCUGUUCUAUAUGAAUGAAAUUAGUAUUCUGCUCGAUACUGCUCUUUGUGAUCGCCGCGCAAUGUUAUUAAGGCAACAAGUGCUGUGUUUUUAGCUAGUUAAAAAUGUAAGCAAAUACGAGAUUGUUUAAGCUUGAAGGUUUUCAGUUGCCAGCACUAACUAACUAGGCCUUAUUCCAAAGUCACUGCUCAAUGUGUUUUUUAUUAUUAUUUUGUAAGCGAAGACUUAUUUACAGCUGUUGCGUUUUUAUCAGUCGGUGUUGUUUGUCCGCUAACAUGAAGAGAGUACACAGCUUGCAAAGGUUCAUGAAUAGCCGAGCUGCUGCUAACUGCCGUUACCAGCCUACCUGCUAUGAGCAUGCUGCAAACUGCUACACACAUGCGUUGCUCAUAGUGCCCGCCUUUGUGGGCAUGGCCCUCCUGCACCGGCUCUCGGAUAAUGGCUGGGAGAAAAUCACAGCCUGGGUGUAUGGAAUGGGUCUGUGCGCCUUGUUCCUUGUCUCUACUGUAUUCCACAUUGUCUCCUGGAAGAAGAGCCACAUGCGUGCAGUUGAACAUUGUUUUCAUAUGUGUGAUAGAGUGGUUAUUUACUUCUUCAUUGCUGCCUCUUACACACCAUGGUUGAACCUCAGAGAGCUGGGACCACUGGCCUCCCAUAUGCGCUGGUUUGUAUGGCUCAUGGCUGCCGGGGGAACUAUAUAUGUGUUCAACUACCAUGAAAAGUAUAAAUUUGUUGAGCUCGCCUUCUAUCUAACCAUGGGUUUUUUUCCUGCACUGGUUGUGACAUCAAUGAACAACACAGAUGGACUUCAGGAGCUGGCCUGGGGGGGGCUCAUCUACUGCCUGGGAGUGCUCUUCUUCAAGUGUGAUGGUGUCAUCCCCUUUGCCCACGCCAUCUGGCAUGUAUUUGUAGCACUCGCUGCAGCUGUGCACUACUAUGCCAUUUGGAAGUACCUCUACCGUAGCUCUACAGCCAACGAUGUCCGAGAUCUGUGAGCUUGAGUCACAUUGACGCUGUCCACCUGAAUUCACACAUACUGCUCCUUGUGAGCAUUUAGAGGGGCACAAAUUAGGGCCAAAUGUUUACAAGUACAACAGUGUAUUGUUUACCUUCUUUAUCUGUAUGGGAGUUGUGACUGCCUACAGAAAUACAUGACUGCUUGUAAUCCUUCCAUUCUGAAGCAGAAUAUAAACCAUUAAACAUUAAUUUUGUUAUUGCUAUUUUAUGUCUUUUGGAUAUAGGGUCAAGUAGCCACAUUUCAUUUCCAUUACUUUUAUUUUAGGCCCUUUAGAGUAAUUUUUGUUUCAGUUCAUUUUAUCAGUGAAAUGGUUAAGAACUCAGAAAAAGCAAUCUGAGAAAGACAACCUAAUUUUAUGAAGAUUCUGAAGGUUGGGUCAUUGUUUCAGCAUCUGAAGUUUCUGCAUAGUGGUAUGUGUUCUCCAGGUUUUUUUUAGGUUAAGUACGUAACUGUACUCCUUGAUAUUUUGAAAUGAAAAUAAGAUGUAAUUUUAUCAUAGAAGUACCGUAAGUAGUAUAUUUGCAGUAGCCAUACAAUCAGAUGUUAAUGCCAAGGAUGUAUUCUUAAGAAGUGUUGGACUGCAGGUGAUGAUAGUCAUGUUGUUACUGAAUAUCAUCUUUUUAAACCAGGAAGGUUCAUUUUUUUUCCAGUGAAAAAGUAAUCCAAAUGUAAAAUAAUAGAAACAGGGGCUGUGAGGUUUUUAAACAGUUUUGUUUCCCUAGCAGUUGCCCGUUACUCUUAACAUUUUUUGUAUUAAAUUUUCAUGAGGUUAAUAACAAUACAUGUGUGGUUACUCUGGAGAAGAAUGGAAAAAUUGGUAAAAUGUUGAUGAGGUCUUUCUAAAGCAGAAGAAACCAGGAAUCAAAUCACCCCCCCUACCCCCUUUCUACUGUUACAGACUACAAAGAGGUGCACAAUUUUCACUUAUAUUGUAGUAUUGAGCUCUGUGGAUGAAAGCAAGAAAAAGUUUAGCUAGCACUCCACUAGAUUAUACAAAGGAAACUACGAGUAAUUACAAGUAAUGCGUGAGGGUAUGCGGAAGAAGUAUUGGCAGUAAUCUGAUUUUAUGAAAAUAUCGGAUACUUUUUGACAUACCCUUGGCUUUGUAGCAAUGCUGCAAACUUGUUGUAGCGUAUUAAACUUUUUUUUUUUUUUUCCUUUGUCCGAGUCCUAAAGAGAUUGCUUGUCAAAAUAAUAAUGGUAUUAUCUGUUCAUCUUCAGAGCAGUCUGAGGUCAUACACAUAUACAAAUGUUAUGCAUUUUACAGUGCUGUUUCCUUAAGAGAAAUGUACAGCAGUGUCUUGGAGUGUUUGCAUUGAGGGAAAUAAAUUUUAAGGGUAAUAUUACAGAAUUUAACAUGUUCAAAUGCUAUCUUCAACAUUCGUCAAAUAAGACAAUUCUCUGCACUGAUAUUUCAGACAGGACCAUAUGUACUGCAGAUCGAGAGGAUGUUGUGUGUUUUUCCAUUAUGAAAGCUUCAGUCUUGUGAGUGUAUUUGUACUAUUUUCCACUGGUAUUUAUGAUAUUGAGGAGUGGCUUAUUUCUGAUCUCUUGAAUAUAAUUCCCCCCCCAUUCCGCUGUAGUACAUUUCUGUAUAGACCUGGAUUUUUUUUUUUUUUCUUCACAGUACAGUAUAGUGUUUUGGUGCUGUCAUUAAAUAAUUUUUGUCUCACCUACAUUUCUUUCAAAUGUGAUAAAUGGACAAAAUAAAGCUUUCAAGGUUUAUCUGAUUGAAAGUGUGCUCCUACAAUUGACAUUUAUGUUUGCCACCAUUCAACACCAUUUUUUGCAAUUUCUGGAAAUUCUAUUUCUUUGAUGUACAGUUUACUACACAUUAAAUUAUUCAGUGUAGGAACAAAUUUGGGUUUGUUUCUCUUCUGAAAUGUUUGGUCAUGUAAGUGCUAGCUAAGUAACUAGUAAAUAUGUUGUAUUUUAGUGAUGAUAAUACCUCUAAAUACCCUUGUCCAGAAAUCCCAUGGUCAAACUUACCACCCCUGUAACAACAAAACCACAAAAGAGUCGUUUUAUGGUACGCCACUUUUUUCAGGAGUUCAUCUUAACAGUUCCAUCACUGAGAUGUGAUAAAAUUUUUUUUGAAAAAAAAUAGCCUUAACUUCCUCAUUUCCAAACUAUUUUUAAUGCUUAGUUUGUAUCUUAGCAAAUUGCUACCGGGGAUUUUGUGCAUUUACUGUACUUCCUGUGCAUUCAUUGUCUGGCAAAAAUAAAAUUAAUGUGAGAGAGAAAGUAAGGGGAUUCACAGUGCCAUUUUAAGCCUGUCACGAAAACAGAGUGGCUUGUGGACACCUGUGAUUUAAUAGGCCUGCAUAAAAUUUCCAUUUCUAAAUUGUUUCCCAUAGCUCUCAAGCUAUGUGGCACUCAGUUUUCUUCAGUAGUAAGUAAAAAUGUAAAAUUCUAGACCCGAACGUGACAAUUGUACAAGUUCAGUUUUGUCAGAGUUCAUAUUCUGCUAACUUUUAAUGUGUUGGUCAGACAGAAAAAGUACUGAAUGAAUAGAACAGCAGCAGCACAAUGGAGAUUCAAAUGUGUUCUCACUCAGUUUUAGUUUUACCUUUUUUUUUUUUUUUUUUUUUUUUUU